AUGUCGUCUAUCAGACCGAUCAAAAUCUGGAGCACAGAUGGUCCGAACCCUCUAAAAGUCGCCAUGGUCGCUGCCGAACUCAACCUUCCUCACGAGAUCAUUCACAUCGGCCUCGACAAGGCCAAGGACCCUGAGUACCUCGCCGUAAAUCCAAAUGGCCGCUUACCUGCCAUCUAUGACCCUAAUACCAAUCUGACCCUCUGGGAGUCCGGUGCCAUCAUCGAGUACCUCGUGGAGAAUUACGAUCACGAUCGCCAGUUGAGCUACGCUCUCGGUACACAUGGCGCAUACCAUACCAAGCAAUGGUUAUAUUUCCAAGUUUCUGGCCAAGGACCAUACUAUGGACAGGCGGUAUGGUUCAAGAAAUACCAUACUGAGCAUUUGCCGUCAGCGUUGCAUAGAUAUAUGGCAGAAAUGAAACGCGUGACUUCGGUGUUGGAGGGACACCUGAAGAAUCAGAGGGCGCGAUACGGAAGCGAGCCAUGGCUAGCUGGAGACCGUGUGACAUAUGCCGAUAUCGCAUUCAUUCCCUACCAAUUGGCCGUCCCUAAGAUCUUGAACGACGAGCUCAAACCGUAUGAAUUGGAACGAUUCACGGAGGUCAGUGGGUGGAUGAACAGACUGACUGGGAGAGAAGCGAUCAGGAAGGUGUUGCCAUCCACCUAG